ACUCACAUUAACAAUUUGACUUUGUGAAUGCCUUCACUUCACUCAUUUGUAUUUUAAACAUUCACCACCACAACCAUCGCACUACCUACUUACCCAAGUCAAUCCUUUCGUUUCCACCCAGGUCACUACCACCACCACCACCACCACCAGAUUAAUGCACGACCUCGAAACCCUCAACACCGGCGGCUACGCCUCCACCACUCACCUAAAACUCACCUGCCCGCUCCCCUCGGGCCUGCCCCCCGCCAUCCUCACCCUCGGCGCCACUCUCACGCACCUCGACCUUUCCGGAACCGGCCUCUCCUCCCUCCCCUCCGAAUUCAGCACCUCCCUACCCAACCUGCGCAUCCUCUUUCUCUCUUCCAACAACUUUUCCACUUUUCCCUCCGUCUUGGCACAAUGCCCUUCCCUGGAGAUGAUCGCCUUUCGCUCCAACAGAAUGACUUCCAUCCCGGAAGGUUCCUUGCCGACCAAAACACUCAGGUGGUUAAUCUUGACAGAUAACCAGAUCUCCACCCUACCCGAGGACUUGGGCAAGUGCGAGAGAUUGGAAAAGUGCAUGUUGGCUGGAAACCAGCUAUCGAGCUUGCCAGAGUCUAUGGCCACGGGAUGCAAGAACCUGGCGCUACUAAGGUUGAGCGCGAAUCGGUUCGAGACGCUUCCAGAGUGGUUGUUUGACUUGCCCAAGCUGGCGUUCUUGUCGUUUGCAGGGAACCCUUGUGUCGAGAAGCAAACGGCCGCAGCGACGGCCAAGGCGGGGACGAGGUUUGAUCUGGAGAAGAUCCAGUGGAAGAACUUGGAAGUGCAGGAGACGCUGGGCGAGGGGGCGUCGGGGGUGAUUUCAAAGGGAUUGUGGAAGCAGAGCGCCGAGUAUGCCGAGGAGGUGGCGAUCAAGGUGUUCAAGGGCGGCGUGACGAGCGAUGGGACGCCCAGGGAUGAGAUGGCUGCAGUAUUGGCGGCGGGGUUUCAUGAGGGGUUGAUUACGGUUUUGGGGAAGGUGGUUGGGCAUCCUGAUGAGGUUGUUGAGGGUGCUGUUGCUGCUGAAGAGAAAAAAGAGAAAAGGUUCCAGGGAGGGAUCGUGAUGCAGUUGAUUCCAGAGUACUACGCGGCUCUGGGGCUGCCGCCUUCUUUCGAUACGUGCAGCCGCGACUGCUUCCCCGAGGAUGCCUCGCUGAGCGCGGCCGAGGCGUUGGGCAUGUUGACGGGCAUUGCUGGAGCGGCUGCUCAUCUCCACCAGAGGGGAAUUGCUCAUGGAGAUUUAUAUGCGCACAACAUUCUGGCGAGCAAGGCGGACAGACAUGCCUUGCUGGGAGACUUUGGUGCUGCUACAAUCUAUGGCACGGACGAGGAGGUCUACGCUGGCAUGGAGAAGUUAGACGUUUUGGCUUUUGCGCAUCUGUUGGAGGAUGUGCUUGGUUUGAUCAGGAGGGAGACGGAGAAGAAGUCGACGAAGACCCCAGAGGCGGAGACUGCCAUUGUUGUCGCUGCCGAUGCGGCUCCUCCUCCCUUUAGAGACAGCAGCGAACUCACGGAAGAGGAAGAGGAGGCCAUUGUUCAAGGGUUGGAGAGACUGCAGAAGCAGUGCGCUGACCCUCAAGUCAACUCGCGCCCGUCGUUUGAGGACAUUGCGGUGGAGUUGGAGGACUUGGUUGGCUUCCGAGGUAUGAUGCGUAUUCCGAUUCCCAACCUCAGCUAAGCGCGGUGUUUGUGGGUUUUGCAAACAUGUAUCUUCCUUAUCUCUUGAUCUUGUCCGCUGGUUACGCUUCGCCUCUUCUAUGUGUAACAACAAGCGAGCAAGCAAUGGAAACCCACAUCAAGCAAGGGAAUUAUGG